ACGCCUCCAUGACUGCACGCAACCCGCAACAGCUGCUUGCAUUUAGGGGCUUUAAUUUAAAACGUAUAUUUGAUAUUAUUCUGAUGCUGGAUUUAUUCGAACAAUGCAGCCCCAAAGUUAUGGAGUUAAACAAACUAUUUGGAUAGAGAAGUUACGCUUCCCGUACAGUCUUGGAAACUAGUCAGGAUUGGUUUGCGUAAAAAUCGAAACGUCUUCUUUCCCCGUUAUUCUGUCAACAUCUGGAUUAACCAUUCGAUGACAAAGAUUAUUUUUGAAUUUCCUUAAUUCUAUGUGAUCAUUUCCUUUUUCAUAUAUGAUAGUGUGUGGACGCUUAUCCUGGAUGUUUGCUUUUUUGGAUACCAAUGAGUUCUGCAUGUAGAUUAUGCAUUCUUUAGGAUGGGUGCGAACAAUGGGAAACAGUAUGGAAGUGAGGGUAAAGGUAGCUCCAGCAUCUCCUCUGACAUUAGUUCGAGUACAGAUCACACACCGACCAAAGCUCCAAAGAAUGUGGCUACCACCGAAGACUCAGACCGCAGCACACGGACAUUGAGCACCCCCAGCCCUGGCCUCAUCCUGCCCACAAAGUCCCCCUCCCUCUCCUCUCCAGCCCUAUCCAUCAACGGCCAUGAGUCCACCUCCCCCUCUGGCUCUGCAGAGACCGUCGCCAUGGUGCACACCCAGCCAGGCACCCAGACCCGCUCCCGCCAAUCUAAAGGUCAACACUACGCCCCCAUCGACCUCCUCCCUGAUCAUGCCCUCCUGCAGAUCUUCUCUCACCUUCCCACCAAUCAGCUGUGCUGCUGUGCACGGGUGUGCCGACGCUGGUACAACCUGGCGUGGGACCCGCGCCUGUGGAGCACCGUUCGUCUGACAGGCGAGCUGCUCCAUGCCGACCGUGCCCUGAGGGUGCUGACCCACCGGCUGUGUCAGGACACCCCCAACGUGUGUCUGACCCUGGAGACAGUAGUGGCCAGCGGCUGCCGGAGGCUCACUGACCGGGGGCUGCAUGCAGUGGCUCAGUGUUGCCCGGAGCUGCGCCGCCUAGAGGUGACCGGCUGCUACAACAUCUCCAACGAGGCCGUGUUCGAGGUGGUUUCCUGUUGUCCCAACCUGGAGCACCUCAAUGUCUCAGGCUGUUCCAAGGUGACCUGCAUCAGCCUCACCCAGGAGGCUUCAGUCCAGCUCUCUCCGCUGCAUGGCCAGCAGAUCUCCAUCCACUACCUGGACAUGUCUGACUGUUUUUCCCUGGAGGACCAGGGCCUCCGCACCAUUGCCUCCCACUGCCCCCGCCUCACACACCUCUACCUGCGGCGCUGCACGCGUCUCACUGACGAAGCCCUGCGCCACCUGGCUCUGCACUGCCCCUCCGUCAGGGAGCUCAGCCUCAGCGACUGCCGCCUGGUGGGGGACUUCGGGCUGCGCGAGGUGGCCCGCCUGGAGGGCUGCCUGCGCUACCUGAGUGUGGCCCACUGCGGCCGCAUCACAGACGUGGGGGUGCGCUACGUGGCUCGCUACUGCCCGCGGCUCCGCUACCUGAACGCGCGGGGCUGCGAAGGCCUCACGGACCACGGCCUGGGACACUUGGCCAGGAGCUGCCCCAAACUCAAGUCCCUGGAUGUAGGCAAGUGCCCGUUGGUGUCAGACAGCGGGCUGGAGCAGCUGGCACUGUAUUGCCAGGGCCUGAGGAGGCUGAGCCUGAGGGCGUGCGAGAGCGUGACGGGUCGAGGUCUACGGGCCAUAGCCGCGAACUGCUGUGACCUGCAGCUGCUCAACGUACAGGACUGCGAGGUGUCGCCGGAGGCACUGCGAUUCGUUAGGCGCCACUGCAGACGUUGCGUCAUAGAGCACACGAACCCCGGGUUCUUCUGAGAGAGGGAUCACUGGAUUCACCUUCUGACAAAUGGAUAUGUUUAAAUUCCUGCUCUGGGGUUGACCAAGAAGAGGGCUGAGUUGUCAGGACUAGUUGGAAAUGGUGUGCAAUAUCCACUUGUGUAUUUUCUUAAGUACAGGAGACAAACAUGCAGGUGGUAACUGGGGCUUCUUGGACCAGAUUGCCAGCCUUCAGUGGGUUCGUGAUAAUAUAAUGGAUUUUGGGGGAGACCCAGACUCAGUCACCAUCUUUGGACAAUCUACCUGGGGCAUUAGUGCCUCCAUGCUGGUAGGUAUGAGAAAGACAAUGUGACACAGCAGUGAGAUGGUCAGGUACAGAAGAGGUGUGGUUGAAUUUAUACCUCACAGUGUAAACCAUCAAAACCAAAGAGAGUAGAACUGUUUGAUCCAAUGGCUCUGUCUAUCACAUGAUAGGUGUUGUGUCUGUUAGCUGAGGGCCUGUUUCCCAGAGCCAUCCCUAUGAGUGGAGUGGCACCACUGGAGGCCCAUUACACCAACAACUCACUGGCCAACGCCAAGGUACUCAUGAAUACCUAUGUAACACAGCAUCCAGGUCCACACCCACCCUGCCCCCAUUAAUGCGGGUACAAAACAAACCAUUGGUUACAAUAUGAAUAACAUGAUGGCCCUGACUAUGAUCUAAAAUAGUAACCAGUCUUCUCUGAGAGGGUUUGUUCAUGGCAGGUGAAUUCUUCUCCCAUUCCAGAUGAUGGCCAAUCUGUCAGAGUGUGAUGACAGCACUACUGAGAAGAUUGUGCAGUGCAUCAGAGGGAAGUAUGAGGUCAUUCUGUUCUGUUUGAUGUGGCUUAUGUUUGGCAUGUUGGUCUAUUAUCAUAUGCACCGAAGCUAACAAAAAUAUCUGUAUUUUAGGUUCAGGCAUUCUUGGGCCCUGCCAUUGAUGGUGUGUUCCUGAAAGGGCCUCCUGGAGAGGUUUUGAAGAACAAGGAGUUCCUGAAGGUUCCUAUGGUUGUAGGGGUGGUCAACCAUGA